CACAGCACCAAGACCAGCCACAAAAACACUGAAAACAGAUGAGGACCAAAUGUGUUUCAGAUGUCUUUUGACUUUGGGUGGCGCGCACAGUUCAGCCUCUGUUGCAAAAAACCCAUGAGGCAAAACAACCCGGCCAUAAAAACAGCUUUUUGGACGACACUGUGAAGUAUGUCUGCCAGACACAAAGAGACUCCCCGAGACACUACAUGUCAAAGUGGAGCUGCAGUUUUUUUCUCAAACUCUUUGAUGAGUGAUUCUGAAUCAGACUGGUCCCCAAUACACGAUGCUGCCUUAAAUGGACGUGUCCUCACUCUGCAGAGACUCAUUGCUCAGGGUACAUGUGUUAAUCUGAACACUCUGGACCAGGUUUCUCCCCUCCAUGGAGCAUGUUUACAAGGUCACGUGGCUUGCGCCAAGCUUCUGGUGGAAAACGGUGCAAAUGUCAACAGUUCAACGAUUGAUGGACAAACUCCCCUGUCAGAGGCUUGUGCCCGCGGUCAUGUGACCUGCGUAUCGCUGCUCCUUCAAAAUGGGGCAACUCCCCUGGGAACAACCCAAACCAGCUCUGCAAUCCACAGGGCUGCAGCCAAAGGUCAUUCAGAGUGCAUCGAGCCUCUUGUUCAGCACGGUGCCGACGUAGAUCAGUAUAUCGCCCAAUUAGGGUUCCCGCUCCACGUCGCCUGCUCAAAUCAGCAUCUGAGUUCUGUGAGGAAACUGCUUCAACUGGGUGCCAGUGUGAACAGCAGUGUGUCUGGUGACUCGCCGCUGCACAUCGCUGCCAGUCUGUCCAGCCCUGAGAUGGUGUCAGUCCUGCUUGACCACGGGGCCGACCGCUGCCUCAGGAACUCAGAGGGCAAACAGCCUCUGGACCUCGCACCACCCAACAGCCUGGUGGAGAGGCUGUUGAGACAAGCAGGAGGAGCGUCUCCUCUCAUGCAGCUGUGCCGGCUCUACAUCAGGAGAACUGUGGGCAAGCAGAGACUGUGUGGGAUUCACGACCUUCACCUUCCUACAGAAGUGAAACAGUAUCUUCUCUACCAAUCAGACCCAGGGGGAGAUCUAAUGCACUGAAUAACUUAGCCUUUCCAUGUCUGGUUCUGAGCAGUUAACUUCCAGGUCAGUAGGGGGUGUAGUUGCAUAAUCUUGCAGUGAGAAGACUUCAUCAUGGCUCACGGUUGUGGUUGUAAUUAACUCCAGUUCUCUUAGUGACAGAUCUCUGUAAACAAACUGAUUCUCAGGAUCAAUCUGGACUUUUAUGUGAAAACUUGGAGCGAGUUUUUAUCAUUAAGUAUUUAUAAACCAUAAAUGACAUGCAUAUUAAAAAUGAAAAUAUGGGCUCAAACGUUGCAUCAUUAAUGUUAAAUAAGGUUAACAUUCUGAAACAAUAUUCUUAAGAUUACAGAGGCCUCCGUAUUCAGCUAAUAUUUUAUAUAUUGUAGUUUUUGUUUGUUGAAACUGAAGAUUCUGUUUUUGAUGAUUUACCUCUUUUAUUUUUUCCUUCAGACCUUUGUCAAAUCUUAUCCAUACCUGGGAGAUGUUGUCCCCACAGACUUCUUGAAAAUAAUGAAUGUUGUUCGGUACUUGUAUCUGUCAUAUGUAGCUGGAUGGCUGCUAAGUAACAAUGACUUCAGUCAGAGAUAUGAGUGUAGAUAACAUGUAACUAUGAGUCAGCAUCCACUCACACAAACUACCAGAGGUUUGUGUGAGUUUAUUUAUUUUACCUCUUCCAUCAUGUUUUUAAUUUCAUAUAAAAUUUCUGUUCUAAUUUUGUUUCAAGUGUUGCUUUUGA